AUGAAACUCAAGGAGAUCCACAGGACCUCAACUUUCACCUGGUCUCCAUCUUCCUCUCUCCCUCUUAUAGCAACAGGGACAGUCGCCGGUGCCCUCGAUGAGUCCUUCAGCAAUGAAAGCCAGCUUGAAAUCUGGGUGCCCAAUUUUCUCGACAAGAAUGAGUUUGAUUUGGGGAUAGAGGGGCAGUCUCCGCUGAAAGGCGCUGUGAAGGAUACGGCGAGGUUUAACCGCUUGACAUGGGGGUAUGUCGAUAGUAGUCGACUGUGGGGUGUCAUUGCUGCUGGUAUGGAGAACGGCGAGCUGGCAUUGUGGGAUCCAGCAAAGAUUCUUGCUGGUGCUGGGUGCGCUGCUUAG